AUGUGCAUCACUUUCUGGACUCUAGAGCAUCCGAACUACGCACUCAUCUUGUGUACCAACCGCGAUGAAUUCUUAGACAGACCCACCGAGAACGCCCACUGGCAUUCCUUCGGUCAUCGGGCUGGACCAGGCCUCCGAUCUGACACAGUUUUGUCUGGCCGAGAUGAACUGGCCGGUGGGACGUGGUUUGGUAUUAAUCGGACCGGGAGAGUGGCACUACUGACCAACGUCACCGAGCCACCGAGCGGACAAAAAUUUUAUUCCAGAGGCCACCUGGUGUCGACUUUCCUUCUAUCAGAUUCAUCUCACCCCCUCGAAGAUGAAGUCGAGAAAAUUAUACCACGGGAUGUUCAAUUUGCCGGAUUCAAUUUACUUCUUCUCGCUCCUGCAGCCGCUCAGGCGGACGGCGACAGUAAGCGGACGGUAUGCUACGAUGCUGCGCUAGUCACCAAUCAUGGAGGCGGUGGGGCGAUAACAUCGCGUCCCAUCACUCCGCAGGAGCGAGUGUGCGGGGGUUUUUCGAAUGGUAUAGAUGGUCAAGACGGUCAAGAAUGGCCCAAAGUUCAACACGGCAUCCGAUCCUUCAAAUCACUAAUUGAAGAAUUGACUCCGGAAUGCGAGGAAUCUCAACUUACGGACCGCUUGUUCCAGAUGCUUGCUUGGCGAAGCCCCCAACCUGUGCAACAUAGGUCGCAGCUUCGGGAGACCAUCCAUGUCGCGCCCAUCUCAAUUACCCUAGAAUCAGCUCAGGGAAGCAACGCCAGCCAUUACGCCACUCGCCUCUCCACCGUGUUGCUUGUGGGAAGAGACGGCCGAGUCUUAUUCGUGGAACGGGAUAUAUGGACACUGGAGCAAAAUAAAAACGUAUUCGAUAACAAGGCGAACAUGCCAAACAAGAUGUGGUGA